ACCGCAGACGUUCUUUUCUCAUCUCUCUUACUAUAAAUAUUGUGUUCAGAUAACAAUUCAAAGCUAUUCCAUUCCCUUUUAAAUUUCCAGUAGAAUAGAGAGAAUGAGUGAGCAAUUCAAGGGUUCGCCGUACCGGCAUGAUCAAAAUGACAUUGAGACCGGAGGCAGCCGCUCCGGCGAACUCGACUCUGAGGUUUCCUCUGGUCCAUUCGACAUCUUCACCACCAAGAAUGCUUCACUUGAUAGUCUCAAAAGAUGGAGACAAGCGGCGCUUGUGUUAAAUGCUUCUCGUCGAUUUCGAUAUACCUUGGACUUGAAAAAGGAAGCAGAGAAGCAGCAAACAAUAAGGAAGAUUAGAGCACAUGCAAAAGUCAUACUAGCGGCUAACCUUUUCCAAGCUGCUGGGAAACAAGUAAAUGGAACUCCAAUUGGUCAUUAUGAUAUUGGACAAGAGGCACUUUCAUUAUUGACGAGGGAACAUGAUUUGUCUGCUUUGCAGCAAUGUAGAGGGGUUAAAGGACUUGCAGAUAUGUUAAAGACAAAUCUAGAAAAGGGAAUCCCUGGGGAUGACGAUGAUAUAUUAGAUAGAAAAAAUGUAUUUGGAUCCAACACAUAUCCUCGGAAAGAAGGACGGAUUUUUUGGUGGUUUCUUUGGGAAGCUUGCCAUGAUACAACCCUGAUUAUCUUGGUGAUUGCUGGAGCUGUUUCUUUGGGGCUAGGUGUAAAGACAGAGGAAGGAUGGUAUGAUGGAGGGAGUAUCACAUUAGCGGUCAUCAUUGUUAUAAUCAUUACAGCUACAAGUGAUUAUAGAGAAUCCCGUCAAUUCCAAGCUUUAAGCAAGGAGAAGCAGAAUAUGCAUUUGGAGGUCAUUAGAGGUGGUAGAAGAGUUGAGGUUUCAAUAUUUGAUCUUGUUGUUGGUGAUGUGGUGCUUCUUAAAAUUGGUGAUCAGGUCCCUACAGAUGGAAUUUUAAUUUCUGGCCACUCUCUUGCAAUUGAUGAAUCGAGCAUGACUGGGGAGAGCAAGAUUGUUGACAAGCAUGCGAAGGCACCAUUUCUAAUGUCUGGCUGCAAAGUUGCAUAUGGCUAUGGCUUUAUGCUGGUAACAGGUGUUGGAAUAAAUACAGAAUGGGGGUUGCUAAUGGCAAGUCUUUCAGAAGAUACUGGUGAAGAAACACCAUUGCAGGUACGUUUAAAUGGAGUUUCAACAUUGAUUAGUGUCAUUGGACUGGCAGUAGCUUUCUAUGUUUCGUGUGCCGGUCUUAUCAGAUACUUUACUGGGCAUACCAAAAAUCCAGAUGGAAGUAUUCAAUUUGUUGCUGGCAGGACUAAAAUUGGCGACGCCAUAAUCAUUGUUGCAGAAACAAUUGUGAUGGUUAGACUGCCUGAGGGGCUUCCCUUAGCUGUUACAUUAACACUUGCCUACUCAAUGAGAAAAAUGAUGGCAGACAAGGCCUUGGUCAGGAGGCUUUCUGCUUGUGAAACCAUGGGUUCUGCAACUACAAUUUGUAGCGAUAAAACUGGGAUCUUGACUUUGAAUGAGAUGACUGUGGUUGAGGCCUAUAUUGGUGGAAAUAAAAUCGACUCUCCGGACGAUAGGUCACUGUUUCCUCCUACCUUUAAAUCGCUGCUUAUUGAAGGUGUAGCACAGAAUACAACUGGGAGUGUCUUUAUGACUGAGGUGUUGAAGCAUUUGAUUCUAUCAUCAGUUGCUCUUGUUGAUGUCCGACAGGGUGAUGGAGAUGUGGAUAUUUCGGGAUCACCAACAGAAAAGGCCAUUCUCCAGUGGGGGGUCAAUCUUGGAAUGAAUUUUGAUGCUGUCAGAUCAGAGUCUUCAAUUGUCCAUGUUUUUCCCUUCAACUCAGAGAAAAAAAGAGUGGGUGUUGCACUUAAACUGCCUGACUCUGAAGUUCAUAUUCAUUGGAAAGGUGCUGCUGAGAUAGUUUUGGCUUUGUGUACAAGAUACAUUGAUGCAAAUGAUUGCAUGGUUCCAAUGGAUGAACAUAAGGCGAUUUUGUUUAAAAAGGCUAUUGAAGAUAUGGCUGCUCGAAGUUUGCGUUGUGUUGCUAUUGCUUACAGAUCAUACCAAGUGGCAAAAGUUCCAACUGCUAAAGAAGAACUGACUUAUUGGAAAAUACCUGAGGAUGACCUUGUAUUGUUAGCUAUUGUUGGUUUGAAGGAUCCUUGUCAGCCUGAUGUGAGAGAUUCCAUUCAAUUAUGCACCAAUGCUGGUGUUAAGGUACGAAUGGUCACUGGUGACAAUCUUCAGACAGCUAGAUCAAUAGCUCUAGAAUGUGGGAUACUAGGGUCAGAGGCAGAUGCUGCUGAGCCAAAUCUCAUUGAAGGGAAGGCAUUUCGUGCCUUGUCAGAAGUGCAAAGACAAGAAAUUGCUGAGAAGAUAUUGGUAAUGGGAAGGUCUUCUCCUAACGACAAGCUCUUGCUUGUGCAAGCAUUGAGGAAAAGGGGACAUGUUGUUGCUGUAACUGGAGAUGGCACUAAUGAUGCUCCUGCACUACAUGAGGCUGAUAUCGGUCUUGCCAUGGGUAUCCAAGGAACAGAAGUUGCAAAAGAGAGCUCAGACAUCAUUAUAUUGGAUGACAGCUUUGCUUCCGUAGUAAAGGUUGUCCUAUGGGGCCGAUCUGUUUGUGCGAAUGUUCAAAAAUUCAUUCAGUUUCAACUCACAGUUAAUGUUGCUGCUCUUAUAAUUAAUGUUGUGGCUGCAGUUUCCUCUGAUGGUGUCCCGUUAAACACAGUACAGCUUCUUUGGGUUAAUCUUAUUAUGGAUACUCUUGGAGCGCUAGCGCUGGCCACUGAACCUCCAACGGAUCAUUUGAUGCACAGGCUUCCAAUCGGUCAAAGGGAACCUCUGAUAACAAAUAUCAUGUGGAGGAACUUACUAAUACAGGCUUUCUAUCAAGUGACUGUCCUGCUUGCCCUCAACUUUCGAGGUAAAAGCCUCCUCAGUAUAGAGCAUGAUGACGGUGUGCAUGCCAACAAAGUGAAGAAUACACUGAUAUUCAAUGCUUUUGUCCUUUGUCAGAUUUUCAAUGAAUUUAAUGCUCGGAAGCCUGAUGAAAUUAAUGUUUUCAUGGGAGUCACUAGAAACAGUCUCUUCAUGGGGAUAGUGGGCCUAACUCUUGUUUUUCAGGUCAUUAUAAUCAUGUUCCUUGGAAAAUUUACCUCAACAGUUCGGCUUAGCUGGAAACUAUGGCUUGUUUCCAUUGCAAUUGGCUUUUUCAGUUGGCCUCUUGCGAUGAUUGGGAAAUUGAUACCUGUCCCAGAGACGCCCUUCUGUGAACUUUUCACAAGAAAAGUACAUCGACACAGAUCUUCUUGAGGUCAACAUAAGGAACGAAAGGAACAAGGCUACUGUGUGACAUCUACAUGUUCAAUAUCUAAACUACUGCUUUAUGAGGUUUAUUAUUAUUAUUAUUAUUAUUAUUAGAGAGAGAUUAUUAUAUAGGCAUGGUUGUCAAUGGAUCUUUCCAAAUUAACUUACAGUACUGAACACCUGAUACGUCAUGUAUGUUAUACUCCCAUUUUUCAAGGUUUUUGCAUUUUCAAUUUUUGUGCUUCCUUUUGAACAAAAAAAUGUUUGGGUACUUAAAUCUUGUUCUUUAUUGAAAAUGUGUACUUGUUUGUGAUUAUGAAA